AUGAUACAUUUGAAAUCAGUGUUAACUCGUCAGUUAAGAGCAGGCUCGGUCAAGCCAUUGAAAAACUAUGGCUACAGCAGAUUUUCCACAUACAACUUCUUGAGAUCUCAAGCAGAACCAAAGUAUGAAGGUGCUGAAUUACUAAAGAAAUUCACAGAUGAACACGCCCACAAGUUGGUCGACGUAUCCAAGGUUUUGGUUAUUGGUUCUGGUGGUUUGUCUAUUGGUCAAGCCGGUGAGUUCGACUACUCUGGUUCACAAGCCAUCAAAGCAUUGAAAGAAGCCAACAAGAAGUCGAUUUUGAUCAAUCCUAAUAUCGCUACCAACCAGACUUCUCAUUCUUUGGCCGACGAAAUCUACUACUUGCCAGUUACUGCUGAAUACAUUACUUACAUUAUAGAAAGAGAAAGACCAGAUGGUAUCUUGUUAACUUUCGGUGGUCAAACAGGUUUGAACGUCGGUGUCAAGUUGGACAAAAUGGGUGUCUUUGAAAGAUAUGGUGUCAAGGUGUUGGGUACUCCAAUCAAGACAUUGGAAACUUCUGAAGAUCGUGAUUUGUUUGCUCAAGCCUUGAAGGAAAUCAACAUUCCUAUCGCUGAGUCUAUUGCUGUUGAAACUGUCGACGAUGCCUUGGACGCUGCCAAGAGUGUCGGUUACCCUAUUAUUGUUAGAUCUGCUUAUUCCCUUGGUGGUUUAGGUUCUGGUUUCGCUGCUAACGAAACCGAAUUGAGAAACUUGGCCGCUCAAUCUUUGUCUUUGGCUCCACAAAUCUUGGUCGAAAAGUCCUUGAAGGGUUGGAAGGAAGUCGAAUACGAAGUAGUCCGUGACCGUGUUGGUAACUGUAUCACCGUUUGUAACAUGGAAAACUUCGAUCCAUUGGGUAUCCAUACUGGUGACUCUAUCGUCGUUGCUCCAUCUCAAACUUUGUCUGAUGAAGAAUAUCAUAUGUUAAGAUCUGCUGCUAUCAAGAUUAUCAGACAUUUGGGUGUUGUUGGUGAAUGUAAUGUUCAGUAUGCUUUGCAGCCAGAUGGAUUGGACUACAGAGUCAUUGAAGUCAAUGCUCGUUUGUCUCGUUCUUCUGCUUUGGCUUCCAAGGCUACUGGUUAUCCAUUGGCAUACACAGCUGCCAAGAUUGCUUUGGGCCACACCUUGCCUGAAUUGCCAAACCCUGUUACUAAGACUACUUCUGCUAACUUUGAACCAUCUUUGGAUUACAUGGUCACCAAGAUCCCAAGAUGGGAUUUGGCUAAGUUCCAACAUGUCAAGAGAGAUAUUGGUUCUGCCAUGAAGUCUGUUGGAGAAGUUAUGGCUAUCGGUAGAAACUUUGAAGAAUCAUUCCAGAAGGCUAUCAGACAAAUCGACCCAUCCUACAUCGGUUUCCAAGGUGACCAUUUUGAAGACUUGGACUUUGUCUUGGCCAACCCUACUGACAGAAGAUGGUUAGCUGUUGGACAAGCUUUGCUUCACGAAAACUACUCGGUAGAUAAGGUCCAUGACUUAACCAAGAUUGACAAAUGGUUCUUAUAUAAGUUGAUGAACAUUGUCAACAUGUACAGAGAAUUGGAAGCUGCUGGAUCCUUGAGCCAAAUUAACAGUGACUUGAUGUCUCGUGCUAAGAAGUUAGGAUUUUCUGAUAAACAAAUUGGUCUUUGUGUUGGAUCCAAGGAAUUGGACGUUAGAGCUGUUAGAAAGGCUUUUGGUAUUAUUCCAUAUGUUAAGAAGAUUGACACUUUAGCUGCUGAAUUCCCUGCCAAUACCAACUAUUUGUAUACUACAUACAACGCUACCUCUUCUGAUGUGGAGUUCAACGAAAACGGUACUUUGGUCUUGGGUUCUGGUGUUUACCGUAUUGGUUCCUCUGUCGAAUUCGACUGGUGUGCUGUUUCCACUGCUCGUGCUUUGAGAGACUCUGGUCGCAAGACCAUUAUGAUCAACUACAACCCGGAAACUGUAUCUACUGAUUUCGAUGAAGUUGACAGAUUGUACUUUGAAGAAUUAUCCUUAGAAAGAGUUUUGGAUAUCUACGAACUCGAACACUCCGAAGGUGUUGUCGUCUCUGUUGGUGGUCAAUUACCACAAAACAUUGCCCUUAGCUUACAAAAGGAAGGUUGUAAUGUAUUGGGUACUAACCCAGAAGACAUUGACAAGGCUGAAGAUCGUCACAAGUUCUCUCAAAUCUUAGAUUCUAUUGGGGUUGAUCAACCACAAUGGAAGGAAUUGACAUCCCUCGCUGAAGCUGAAAUUUUUGCUAACGAGGUUGGCUACCCAGUUUUGGUCCGUCCAUCUUACGUCUUAUCAGGUGCUGCUAUGUCUGUUAUCAACAACCAGGCAGAGUUGGACUCUAAAUUGUCUAACGCUGCAAAGGUUUCCCAGGACCAUCCAGUUGUCAUCUCCAAGUUCAUUGAAGGUGCUCAAGAAAUUGAUAUUGAUGGUGUUGCCAGCGAAGGUCAAGUUUUGGUACAUGCUGUUUCUGAACACGUCGAAAAUGCCGGUGUCCACUCUGGUGAUGCCACUUUAGUUUUGCCACCACAAGAUUUGUCUCCAGUUAUCAUGGACAGAUUGAAGGUUAUUGCCGACAAGGUUGCUGAAGCCUGGAAGAUCACUGGUCCAUUCAACAUGCAAAUCAUCAAGAACGACCAAAACGGAACCUUGGACGACGCAAACUGUGAAUUGAAGGUUAUUGAAUGUAAUAUCAGAGCCUCUAGAUCUUUUCCAUUUGUUUCCAAGGUUUUGGGUGUCAACUUCAUUGACGUUGCUGUUAAGGCUUUGAUUAAGGAAGGUGUUCCAACUCCUGUUAAUUUGAUGAACAAAAAGUAUGAUAGGGUUGCUACCAAGGUUCCACAAUUCUCUUUCACCAGGUUGGCUGGUGCCGACCCAUUCUUGGGUGUUGAGAUGGCCUCUACUGGUGAAGUUGCCUGUUUCGGAAAGGACAAGGUGGAAGCUUACUGGACUUCUAUGCAAUCUACGAUGAACUUUAACGUUCCUCAAGCCGGACAAGGUAUCUUGUUUGGUGGUGACUUGACCAACGACAAGUUGGGCAAGGUUGCUGAAACACUCUCUGGUUUGGGUUACAACUUCUUCAGUUGUAGUGAGGAAGUCGCUAAGUACUUGAAGAACUUCGUUGAAGAACAAGUUACUGUCAUUGAAUUCCCAAAGACAGACAAGAGAGCUUUGCGUGAAAUCUUCCAAAAGCACAAGAUCGGUGGUGUUUUCAACUUGGCCAGAGCAAGAGCUGAAGAUUUGUUGGAUGAAGACUACGUUAUGAGAAGAAAUGCCAUCGACUUUGCCAUUCCAUUAUUUAACGAGCCAAACACCUCAUUAUUAUUUGCUCAAUGUUUGAAGAGCAACAUCGCUAACAAGCAACCUUUUGACGUUAUUCCUGAAAACGUUGUCAUUCCAUCUGAAGUCAGAAGAUGGAGUGAGUUCAUUGGUGGUAAGCCAGUAUAA